AUGACUUCAACACAAACAUAUGUACCGGCAUCUGUCAAUCAGGCAAUAACACCCCCAAAGACUCCGGAAUCUUAUGGGUAUCAGAAGGUCUUUCACAAUUGGCCUGAACCAGAGAGCGAGCCCGAGGGUAUCUAUUUGCACCACGAGACAGAAGUUCCCCGCCAGGAAUCCGAUUCAAUUCAUAAUUCGAACCUAAACAAUGUGUCGCAUCAAGAAGUCUUACUCUUGCAUGGCGCAAAGCAAAGAUACACCCAUGCAGUAGAGCAACCAAUACCUUCCUUAAGGAAUGAUAGAGAAAUGCUUGUUGCAGUGGAAGUUAUCGGUUUGAAUCCAAUCGACUGGAAAGCUCCCGACUUUGGCUUUGGACUGCCUUCUCUCCCCUGUAUAAGUGGCCGAGACUUUGCUGGAAAGGUGGUAAAAUCAACCCAAGUAAAUUCGAGAUUCAACCCUGGAGAUACUGUUAUGGGAAUUUCCACUGAUUAUCGAGAUUCUCGGAAAGCUGCGUAUCAACAAUAUGCAAUCGUUUCGGACUUCAAUGCUUGCAGGCUUCCAAGUACCGUAAGUCCAAUCAAUGCCGCACCACUUGGCGUGGCCUUUGUUGCCGCAGCUCUUGGGUUAGGUAUAUGUUUGGGAGUAAAUUUUGCCAAUGAUGAGGGUAAAAUUCAAGGGCCAGAUCUUUUCCAGGCAAUCCGAUCCAUAUCUAGAGAUUCCAUUCCACAGGAUGUGAGAGCAGAGUGCUUUGAUAGUAUCCGAGAAGAUGAGAGGCCCAAACCUGGGGACUGGAUAGCAAUUUGGGGAGGUUCAUCUGCUACUGGGUGUUGCGCAGUCCAACUUGCAAAACUGGCAGGACUUAGAGUUAUUGCAGUGAUAGACGUUGCCCGAAGUGGUGAACGUAUGUUGAAACAUGGUGCAGAUCUCUUGGUGGAUCGUUUUGACACUGAAAGGGCGAUAUCCAUCGUCAAAGGUAUCACAAAGGGAGAACUCCGCUUUGGACUUGAUACGAGAGGGAAAGAGAGUACAGCCCUUCUCGCACAAACCAUGCGUUCAGAGAAUGGACUCGAAGGGAAAAGAGCGCAUCUUGUUGGCUUGACCGGGUUGCCAAAGGAACCAACUCCAGGAGUGCUAUAUCAUUCGGUUCCCAUCAAGACAUUUCAUGAGGCACCGAAUAUCGGUGAAGGAUUGAUGAUUUGGUUGGAAAGACUAUUCGAGCAAAAUAGAAUAGCGACUCCUGAAAUUGAAAUCGCACAUGGUGGGUUACAAGGCAUAAAUGCAGCACUUGAUAGACUGAGGGAUGGUUCAGUAAAUGGUCCAAGAAUAGUUGUACCAUUAUGA